CACAAUCAAUACUUGGGCUGUGGGCUACUGGACUCCCUUUGUCUCCUAUAAGUCUGUGCAGGUCCAAAUAUCCAUUUCCUCUACGCUAUAUUCCCGGGUUUCUCUCCAAGGAACUCUGUUAUCCAUUCAAUCUUACACAGCGCCAAAGUGUUCCAACACACCAUGAAUACUACUCUAGCUAAUACAGGCUUCGCCGUCGCCGGAAUCUCCACCGCCUCUUCAAUACGACGACGUUGUGGAGGACGAUCAGCUUUCAUUCUACCUCCCUCCAACCGAAGAAGAAUCAUCUGCAUGGCGGAACCUUAUCUGAUUACAAAACUUGAAUCAGCUGAGAAAACAUGGAAAGAAUUGUCGGUUAAGCUUGCUGAUCCAGAUGUUGUCUCAAAUCCAAGUGAAUAUCAGAAGCUGGCACAGUCAAUGUCAGAGCUUGAUGAAGUCGUGUUAAUAUACAGGAAAUUCAAGGAUUGUGAGAAGCAAUUGGAAGAAGCAAAAGCAUUAGCUAAAGAAGCUGGCACUGACGAGGACAUGGCUGAGAUGGUAGCUUCUGAGAUUGAAUCCUUGACAGAACAAAUCAAAGAGCUAGAGCAGAAGUUUAAGUUAAUGCUCCUUCCAAGUGACCCUCUUGAUGCUAGGAAUAUAAUGCUUGAAGUCAGGGCAGGUGCUGGUGGGGAUGAGGCUGGAAUUUGGGCUGGUGAUCUUGUGCGUAUGUAUCAGAAGUACAGUGAACGGAACUCUUGGAAGUUUGCUCCAAUCUCUUGUUCCGAGGCCGAAAAAGGAGGAUUUAAAACAUAUGUGAUGGAGAUCAAAGGCAACCGAGUCUAUAGUAAAUUGAAAUAUGAAUCUGGUGUUCAUCGAGUUCAACGCGUACCGCUAACAGAAACUCAAGGCCGUGUUCACACUUCGACUGCAACAGUUGCUAUCAUGCCAGAGGCUGAUGAAGUUGAUGUGGAAAUCGACCCAAAGGAUAUAGAACUAACAACAGCGCGUUCUGGCGGUGCUGGAGGGCAGAAUGUUAACAAGGUAGAGACAGCAGUUGAUCUUUACCAUAAGCCAACGGGAAUUAGAAUAUUUUGUACUGAAGAAAGGAGUCAGCUUAAAAACAAGAAUCGUGCUUUCCAACUAUUGAGAGCAAAAUUGUAUGAGAUUAAGGUUAGGGAGCAGCAAGAGUUGAUAAGAAAUCAGAGAAAAUCACAGGUAGGUACUGGUGCUCGGUCAGAAAAAAUUCGGACAUACAACUACAAGGACAAUAGGGUGACUGAUCAUCGGCUAAAAAUGAACUUUCCGCUUAUGACGUUUCUUGAGGGUGACAUUGAGACGGCUGUUCAGUCUUGUGCUACUUUGGAGCAACAAGAGUUGCUGCAAGAACUUGCUGAAUCUACCAGUGCACCUGCUUGACAAAUUUGAGACCUUUGUUUCGUAAGAAGUUCCAUUUCUUCCUUCGUGGAACACCUCUCGCAUAAAUCCCCGAUAAAUCCGCGAAUCAGCAUUGUUUAAAUGCACUGUAAGAUAUCAUUCUCGAUAGUAUAUUUGUCAAUUUAGGAUUACUACAAAAGAAUGAGGAAAUCUAGUGUGCCAAUCGGGAGCUCUCUAAGAUCGCCAGUCUAGGAACUUAGCUUCUAAAUGUUACAGAACAUUUCAACAAGAAGUUUCGUUAUUGAAAAUUAAUGUAUCAUUGUGCAUAUUUUUCUCAUCAAUUUGAAAAUCAAUAUAUUGCUUGUGCA